CUCAGCGCUGGGGAUUCCCCGUCUUCCCGGAGUUUCACUUCUCCCUGUCCCAACCCGUGUCAGGUCCUUCUUCCUGGAUACUGCUGACGCGGCCCCAGUUCUCACUCCCAUUGGGUGUCGGUUUCCAGGGAAGCCAAUCAGCGUCGCCGCGGUUCCCGGUUAUAAAGUCCCCACGGACCUACCCGGACUCAGAGUCUCCCCAGACCCCGAGGAUGGCGGUCACGGCGCCCCGAACCCUCCUGCUGCUGCUCUGCGGGGCCCUGGCCCUGACCGAGACCCGGGCGGGCCCCCACUCCAUGAGGUAUUUCCACACCGCCGUGUCCCGGCCCGGCCGCGGGGAGCCCCGCUUCAUCUACGUCGGCUACGUGGACGACACGCAGUUCGUGCGGUUCGACAGCGACGCCGCGAGUCCGAGGACGGAGCCGCGGGCGCCGUGGGUGGCGCAGGAGGGGCCGGAGUAUUGGGACCGGGAGACACGGAUCGCCAAGGACAACGCACAGACUGUCCGAGUGAACCUGCGGACCCUGCGCGGCUACUACAACCAGAGCCAGGCCGGGUCUCACACCAUCCAGUGGAUGUACGGCUGCGACGUGGGGCCGGACGGUCGCCUCCUCCGCGGGUAUGAGCAGCACGCCUACGACGGCGCCGACUACAUCGCCCUGAACGAGGACCUGAGCUCCUGGACCGCGGCGGACACAGCGGCUCAGAUCACCAAGCGCAAGUGGGAGGCGGCCGGUGCGGCGGAGCAGAAGAGGGCCUACCUGGAGGGCACGUGCGUGGACUGGCUCCGCAGAUACCUGGAGCACGGGAAGGACGCGCUGCUGCGCGCGGACCCCCCAAAGACACACGUGACCCACCACCCCGUCUCUGACCGGGAGGCCACCCUGAGGUGCUGGGCCCUGGGCUUCUACCCUGCGGAGAUCACACUGACCUGGCAGCGGGACGGGGAGGACCAGACCCAGGACACGGAGCUCGUGGAGACCAGGCCUGCAGGGGAUGGAACCUUCCAGAAGUGGGCGGCUGUGGUGGUGCCGCCUGGAGAGGAGCAGAGAUACACGUGCCUUGUGCAGCACGAGGGGCUGCCGGAGCCCCUCACCCUGAGAUGGGAGCCGCCUUCCCAGCCCAGCAUCCCCAUGGUGGGCAUCGUUGCUGGCCUGGUUGUCCUUGGAGCUGUGCUCGCUGGAGCUGUGGUCGCCGCUGUGAUGUGGAGGAAGAGGAGCUCAGGACAUUUUCUUCCCACAGGUGGGAAAGGAGGGAGCUACGCUCAGGCUGCCUGCAGCGACAGUGCCCAGGGCUCGGAUGUGUCUCUCACGGCUUGUAAAGUGUGAGACAGCUGCCUGUGUGGACUGAGCGAUGCAGGACGUGUUCCCACCUCCCCCGUGUGGCUUCAGGAGCCUCUGACUUCUCUGUCUGCAAAGGCCUCUGAAUGACUCUGCGUCUCUGUUCCUGUAAUGUGAUGGGCUGGAGAGGCCAGCCCUCCCCCCCCACCGUGUCCUGCCCCCUCCGCCAUGCUGAUCCCUGUCCUCUGCCCAAUCACCUGUCCUGUUCCAGGGAGGAGGGGACGUCUCCAUCCCUGUCUCACCGUCACCGUGCACUGAGCCACUUCCCUACUGAAAAUAAGAACUGAAAAUAAAUCUGUUUUCUCAAA